AAGGAGAAGGACUCAGAGAGCGAGCGUCUUCCAGCUGCUCACACCUGCUGGUCAGAACGCUGUGACAUCACUGUGACAUCAUGAGCUCCCCCGCUGGACCCACAAAGGACAGGGCUCCUGUAGGGUCCUCAGACCCCCCCAACAUCCAGGAUAUGGAGCUGAGAGAGGAGUGGCAGGACGACGGCUUCCCCAGACCUCUUCCAGAGGGUCCAGGAGGCCCGGAGAGUCCCACAGGUGGGGACCAGCCAGACCCGCCCACCAGCCUCGCCCUGUCAGGAGGCGGGGCUAAGAAGCGUCUGGUGGCGCCGUCGCUCAGCCUCACUCUGAGCCGCAGAGACUCUCACCCGAGCAACGACGGCCUCUCCGCCGCGGCGCUGUCAGGGACGCCGGAAGAGACGCCGUCACUGAACAUCGACCUGGAGGCUCUGGAGACGCCGUCAGGAAGCGAGACGGGAACGCUGCCCGACGGCUCGCAUGAGCUGGAGUGGGACGAUGACCUCCCCAGGAUGUCGAGGACGGGGGCUGGGGGCGGGGCCACAGUGAUGGCGAGGAGCCCGACAGAGCAGUCUGAGGGUCUGUUGGAGCUGGACCAGGUGGACAGCAGGGGGCGCCGCUGGAGGAAGUUCUGCAUCGCGGGACAGGAGUACCACGUCAACAUGAGCGUCCUAGAGCCGUACCUGCAGGUCCUGUCGCAUGGAGGUUACUAUGGAGACGAGAUGAACGCCAUCAUCCUGUUCACCUCCUGCUACCUGCCCGAGAACACGAUAGAGAACUACGAGUACGUCAUGGACAACCUGUUCAGGUACAUCGUGGGGACGUUGGACCUGAUGGUCUCAGAGAACUACCUGCUGGUCUACAUGUGUGCCAUGGCUCCCAGAAACAAGGUCCCGGCCAUCAAAUGGCUCCAUCAGUGCUACACCUCCAUCAACAGGAGGCUGAAGAAGGACCUGAAGGGUCUCCUGGUGGUCCAUCCUGCCUGGUACAUCAAAGCACUUCUGACUGUGAUCAAACCCUUCAUCAGUGAGAAGUUUGGCAGGAAGAUCCGCUUCAUCCAGAAUCUGCAGGAGCUGUCAGAGUUCAUCCCCACAGAGCGUCUGCAGAUCCCUGACUCCAUCCUCAGGUUUGAUCAGAGUUUGAGAAGAUGAUGAUCACUGACUCCCAGAGGUCUACGGACUGUUUGGAUCCUGAAGGUCAAAGGUCGUCUGGAGUUCUAAGAGCCUCUCGGGUUGAUGACCUUUGACCUUUGUUUGUACAGAAGACUUUAUUUAUACUGUCAGUCUUUAAAUUAAGUAAGGGGGGGGGGUAAGUUAAGCGUCUGGUACUCCUGCAGCUUCAGACUCACCUGGAUCCAAACACACUGAGUGUUAGCUUGACCCUGAUGGUUGUGGAUCUGUUUGGAUCUGGUUCUAUGUGGACUCUUGUUCUCUGUAGACCCCAAACUGAACCUGACGCUCAGUGUGAUAUUUCUUUUCUGUCACCUUCAUCAGAAUGUUUUCGACAUGUGGAUCUAAAAAUAAUCGACCUGACUCCUCCCCCUCACAGGUGACUCCUCCCCCUCACAGGUGAGUCACCUGUGAGGUCUGAUGAUGUCAUGCUGUGUUUUAUAGAACGUGUUUAAUUAACGUCAACAAGCAGAGAACCAACAGAACAACGUGUGCUCAGAAUGAUUCAUGUAAAUACUGUUUAUUAAAGGAGUCUGGGUUUGUGUUCAU